AUGCAUAAUAAACUUUGCUUAAUAAUUACUGUGGCUAUCUGGGUAGUGGCUGUCGAACCAACAUUAUUAGAAAGAAGACUCUAUGAGGCAUUUGAUGUAUUUGAUAAUGCAAGAAGUGGGGAAGUGGAUGUCAGAGAUUUAGGAACAAUAAUCAGAGCAUUAGGAUGUGUCAUAACAGAGGCUGAGUUGCAAGAGAUACAAGUGGAAGUAGAAGAUGUCGAAAAUAAUUGCGUUCCACUAAAUAGAUUUGUAGAAUAUAUGAGCAAAGCGAUUAACGAGCGCAAAUUCAAACCAGCAGAACCAGAAGAGCUAUUGAAAGCGUUUCAAUUAUUAGAUCCUGAAAAUCGCGGAUAUAUCAUGAGAAAUGAUUUAGAGAAAUCUAUUAUGGAAAUUGGAGAGCCAUUUACGAAGGAGGAAGUGGCUGAUAUGAUGGCCGUAGCUUGUGAUGCAGAAACAGGAAAAAUUAAUUACGAGCAUUAUAUCAAUUUAUUAAUUGUACGUAUAUAGUCAUUUUCAAUAGUGCUAUAAGAUUUCUUUACACCAUGCAUAAAAAGUUUUAUCUAAAAAAAAAAAAAAAUAUAGACUUCCAUUUGAGAUAAAAAUUACAGGUGAAAAUUCCCGAAGAUCUGAAUGUAUAUAAUAUUGUUGAUAAAAUAGAAGCUGCGAAAGCAGCAGCAUUACCUAAAAAACGCAUGUGGGAAAACUUUUUCUUUAAGGAAAAUACCACCUGACAAAAAAAUGAUAUAUAAUUUUAGUAAAGAAUUGUCGUUUUUAUGAAAGAAUCUCAAUAUAUG